GUUAGAGAAUUAAAAAUAAACUAAACAGCUCCGCUUAAAAAUAAAGCUAACAAAACAUGUCAGAGUUUUACACGUUUAAAGAAUAAAAACAAAAACAACUACCAGAAAUAAUGGCUGCGGUUAAUAGCAACAUAUUAAGCCGAAAAUUAUCCAACGCAGUACAUCGCGGUGACUACGACGAAGUACUUAGCCUAAUAACAAUCCUAAAAGAAACUGACGAGAAUUUAUGGCAAGACUGCAGUUAUUCUUUAUUGAGCGAUGCGAUAAAAAAAGGGCACAAAUCGGUGGCCAUUUUGUUGUUGAACAACCAAGCGAAGAUAUGUCCAAGCGACAACAAAGGAGACUCAGCUUUUCAAUUGGCAGUCGAGAACGAUGAGUAUGAAAUAGCAAAGCUUCUUCUUGAACAAGGCGCAAAUGUUGAUGAAGUUAUUAAAUCAGGUGAUUAUCAAGGUAGUACUUUGUUACACGUGGCAUUUGACAACAAUGAGCUUGAAAUAGUCCAAUUAUUGCUGGAUUAUGGUGUGAAUAUCAACGUAGUUGACAGUGAAAUGAAAACUUGUAUUUUUUAUACGACGCAAUUGACGGAUUUGACGAUGCUGGAAUUGCUGCUAAGAAACGGCUCGGAUUUGAAGGUCGUUGAUUUGGAAAACAACACUCCGUUGUUCAACGCAGUGAGUUCGACGAGUUUGGCAAGUGUGAACUUGUUUCUGCACUAUGGAGCUCAGGUGAAUGUCACGAAUAAGUUCCUUAUGACUCCGUUGCAUUUGGCAGCGCAAAAUCCGUCCUGGAAGAUCAUGGAGAGCUUGAUAAUGAAGGGUGCGAAUGUAAGCGCGGCUGAUUUGAAAGGUUUGACGCCUUUACACACUGCAAUAUUGCAAGGGUUCGUUGGGAACAUCAAGUGUCUUCUUAUAGCUGGCGCUGAUGUUAAUGCGAGGGAUAUUAACGGUGAAACUCCGCUAAAUUAUGCAGUUCAGCAAGAAGACAUGGAGGAUAUGAUUGAAGAACUGUUGAGGCGCAAUGCUGAUGUCAAUUGUUGCGAUAACAAUGGCCUUAAGCCGCUUCAUUCUGCUGCAGAUGCUGCAUUUGAUGAGUACAUUGAAAUACUUCUGGAGUUUGGCGCUGACAUUGAAGCUAUCGAUAAUGAAGGACGCACUGCGCUGCAUAUGACCGACAGUUUUGAUAAUGAUUAUCAUCUGAGGUGGGAAAGUGUUCCGCUGAUGUUUAAGUUGUUUAAGGAUCAUAUCUUCAAGAUGCAAAUAGUAGAUUUGGUGGUCGGAGAAGAUAAUUUGAAGAUUAUCAACGAGUAUUAUGGAAAUAAAAUUGAUGUUACGGAUAGUUUUAAAGAAAGGUGCUUGAAAGAGAUUGAAGAAAUGAAAAGAGUUAAAAUUAGAACCACUGGAAUCAGCUACUUUGAUAUUUUGAAGAAAGGCAGGCAUAAAGUCGCUAGAUAUGCGAUGAUUCCUGGGAUUGAAGAUGCUUUCAAGAGGUUUGAAUACGCAAACUUGUUUCCGCUCUACCGAGGGAUCUUGAAGAAAUGCUUCGAUUGUGCAGCGAAGAGAAAGCAAGUUUUGGUGUUAGAUAAAUAUCGUCUUCUUGAUAAUGUCUUUCCUCUGGUGCCGGAAUAUUGCGUUGAUGAAAUAAUUAAAUUCUUGGGAGAUAAUGAUUUGAAAACUUUUAUCGAGGCUUGCUAUUAAAUGUUUUUGAUUUCUUCUGAUAUAUUUAUGUGUGAAAAGACAAUUAUAUAAUUGUUAUUGUACAUUGAAGAUAU